AUGGACCAACAAUUGACAGAGUCCCGUGAAAAUAGGGGCGAAAAACAGAGGAUUCUACCACAAUGUGAAAACAGAGGAUCACCGUGGCUCCCUAUCUUCCCGCUGGUACCGUUCUCAGAAAACAGAGGAUCUUUCCCCGCAAUCAAAACAGAGGAUGAAUGCAGAGGGAACGGCCAACUUCUGCUCAAUCUUAAUGAGAGUGCAAAUACAGCACCUU